UUUUCUCUCGCUCGGGACGGGGAAAGCGACACACUCUCUCUCUCUGCGGAAGGUGAGAGAAGCGGCGUCUCUCUCCAUCUCUCGGGUCGUCGUUCAGGAAUCUUGCGUGUGAAGAUGGCCAGCCAGCUGAAGCACAUUGAAAUUGUAGUCCAGCAGCUUAAUCGUUUCAAUCCUGAAAAUGAGAGUGUUGGGCAUUUCUUGGAUGAAACAGCUGCUAAAGCAUUCCAGGCUUUCAGUGUAACAGAUGAAACCUUUUUGAUGGCAACGUUAUCUGGCUGUAUAGAAUAUAAACCUCUGUUGGAUGUGGUGGUCAAUGCAUUUUAUACCAGAGAUGGAAAACAUUGCCUGUUGUCUGAUCAUAAUCUUUAUGCUGUUGUUUGUUAUUUGGCCACUUUUCAAUUGGAUGAACUUGGACUUCAGCAGUUCUCAAGAAUGGUCAAGGCAGCAGAUCCUGUUAAAAUAUGUAAGUUCCUCAGAUUUUUUUUCAAUGUUGUAAAUUUGCACACAUGGAUAAAAGAUGAAUGGAACCAGAUAUAUGAUUCUGCAUAUGUAAAAGAAAACUGGAUCGAACCAUUGCUAAGAUGGCAGCCCAAAGUGAAACAACUGAUUGAUCAGCUUGAUGACAAAUCUAUUAAAUUCACUGCUCCAGCGUCAGAGACAACUGAACCAAAGGCGUUUAACUUGACAGUCCCUAAUCCACGAGCUAUUACGGUUCCUGAGCUAAUUCCACAAGUAGAAAAAACGAAGCCUGUUCCUAAAAGUACUUAUAAACCCCAAAAACUGAAGCAGCGCCUAGAAGGAAUUAAACUAAAGAAUCGUCGCAAAGCAGAGGAACUGCUGCUGGACGCGAAUGUUAACCAGUUUGCUUGUGCAAUCCCCCAACCUGGAUGUCACUGUGGCGCUGGUUUAAUUCAGGCUGUUCCGGAGAGGUUUCAAGCUCAGAAGAUCAAAGGGGAGAUUGACAACGUACCUGUGAAACUAAACACAACAGCGAUCUUAAGAGAAGGUGUCCUUUACCAACGAAAAGUGGAGCAGGAACUUAAUAGGAUUGAACAGCUUUUACGAGGGGCUCGGGAUCCUUCUGAGUUUCUGGAAUGGCAAAAAGAAAAGUACGAGAGAGAUCUGAACCAAAAGCUGGCAGAUACAGAAUGCAAGAGGCUGCAAGGUCAGCUAAGCCACGAGGAGGCCAUUAUUGCACGUCAGAAUCGCAUUCAGGAAAACCAUAGAAUAGCUGAGCAGAAGAGAGAAGAGGGAGCGGAAAUGAGCCAGCAAGUUGCGGAAAGGCGCGUUCAAGAAAAGAAGGAAAAGGAAAAAAUGGUGCAGCAAGUGGUGGAAGGACGCAAAAAUGUGAAGCAAGCACGGAUGAAGCUCCAAAAAUACAAGCACCAAAUAGCUCAGGAAGUUGCUGAAGAAAGCCAGGAAAUCCUACUUCAGAGUUUGAAAGAAGAAGAAGAGAGAUUCAAAAAGAGAUAUGAACUGAUUCAACAAAUAAGAGCAAUAGAGUAUCUGCCUAUCCUGAAGCACAAAUUUGUUGACUUAACCCAGACUCCUAACCAUGGUGUUCUUGGUGAGAUGUCCAUAGUAGAACUGCAGGAACGCUUAGCCUUACUGAAACAAGCUCAGAAGAAGGCUGAAGAGGAGAAGAGGGAUCAGAUAAUCCAAGAAAAAUAUGCUAAGGAACAGCUUCUUUUGGACAAACUGGAGCAGAUCUCCAUGUUCAGAGACCAAUUUGGAAGAGCAGCUGCACUGAAACUGGAGGAAAAAAAAACCAAGCCUCCACUUCGCGAACGCAUUUUGAAAGAUCAACAAGUUUUAGAGCUAAAACAAAAGAUUAUGGAAAAAUCUAUGGAGCGUAAAAUGCUAGCUGAGAAAAUGCAGACUGCAUCCCUAAAGUACGAUGAAGGGUCAGUCACAUCUUGGAGGCCAAAGAAAAAAUCUCAGCGUGAGGAUCACUGGAAGAAGUUGGAAGAAAGUCAACAGCGGCAGUUCAAGGUGCUUCAACAUGGUUUUAUGGAAAGAGAAUUGACUCAGAAAAGGAUGGCCAAUGAGACUUUGAGAUACGGAAUCAAGGCUUGUAUAUUGCGCUCUUAAGUCGGACGAAGCUAUUUCUACGUUUAUUUCUGUUUAUGAGACGUUUAUUCUACUAGGUAUUUUAUACUGUAAGCUCGUUUUGGGUCACGGAAUCUCAGUAUUCUUUUUCAGGUGUUUCCUACCAUUACAAGAUUUCCCUCCCAUUGAUCUCAAAGGGAGAGAGAAUAAAUGCACUAAGGCUAUUGCACUCCCUCCCCAACCCCCCCCAACCCCCUGCUUCCUACUCCUGAAAGGUGUUGGGGGAACAGGAAGUCUCACCCAA